CCGCCAUCUAUAGAUAAAAUAUCCAUCCCCGCCAGCACAAACACGAUCGGGUCAUUCAACUCACUUGCUGGAUUGCGUCGACGUGUCAAUUCACGCCAGCAAACCCCAAUUCCCACCGUCACAAUGGCGCAGAAAGCCGCCAAAACCCUCGCAGCACGCAACACCUCGCGCCUCAACCAGACGCUGGCCGCCACCCUCCUCAUCCACGGCUUCUUCCUCCUCCUCCGCGCCCUCGUCUUCCGCAGCUCCUUCACGCGCAAAUCCCUCGUGCUGUACCUCCUCUUCAGCGCGCCGCAGUGGUUCAUCAACCUGCAGUUCGAAAGGCUGGGUAGGCCGAAGGUGAACCCGGAUGGAAGCAUCAGGCGGUCCGGCGAGGACCUCGAGGCCAAGGGCUUGACCGAGUACAUGUGGGAUGUCACGUACUGGACCUACGGCUGCGUCUUCUUCGCUGCUACCGUGGGAGAUCGCGCGUGGUGGUUGUGGGGGAUCAUUCCGCUGUACUCGGUUUACCUGGCAUAUACCACUUUUAUGGGGGUGAGGCAAGGGUACACGGACGCGGCCGGUGUGCCUCAGCCACAGGCGGCGACGAGCAAGAGGCAACAAAAGUUGGAGAAGAGAGGCGGUCAGAAGAUCUCGUAUCGGUGA